GCAUGUAACUCCCAAUUCUUUUCACUGCUUCAGUUAGUGGAGCAUUUAUUUUUGUAUCGGCUGCAUUUGUUAAGACUGUAACAACGAAAGGCAUUUCCUGAGAAGCUGCAAGGAUGAGCAGCAAGAAAGAACAACAGCUAAGGAAAUACGGGACCCUCGUAGUGCUUUUUAUUUUCCAAGUUCAGAUUUUUGGUUUUGAUGUUGACAAUCGACCUACAACAGACGUCUGCUCGACACACACUAUAUUACCUGGACCAAAAGGGGAUGAAGGUGAAAAAGGAGAUAGAGGAGAAGUAGGAAGACAAGGAAAAGUUGGACCGAAAGGACCAAAAGGAAACAAAGGAACUGUGGGGGAUAUUGGUGAUCAGGGAAUGAUUGGGAAAAUUGGCCCAAUUGGCGGAAAGGGCGACAAAGGAGCCAAGGGCUUGUCAGGGGUGCCUGGAAAAAAGGGAAAAGCAGGCACAGUCUGUGACUGUGGAAGAUACCGGAGAGUUGUUGGACAACUGAAUAUCAACGUCGCUCGGCUUAACACGUCCAUCAAGUUUGUGAAGAAUGUUAUAGCAGGCAUCAGAGAGACAGAUGAGAAAUUCUAUUACAUUGUCAAAGAAGAGAAGAAUUACAGAGAAGCCUUGAUCCACUGCAGGGAUAGAGGAGGAACACUAGCAAUGCCUAAAGAUGAAGCAACUAAUGCCCUGAUCGCUGACUACAUCUCCAAGAGCGGCCUCUUCCGAGCAUUCAUUGGGAUGAAUGACAUGGAAAAAGAAGGACAGUUUGUGUAUGCAGACAACACCUCACUGCAGAACUACAGUAACUGGAAGGAAGGGGAACCGAACGACCCGACUGGGCGUGAGGACUGCGUGGAAAUGCUGAGUACAGGAGAGUGGAAUGAUUCAGAGUGCCAAGUUACCAUCUACUUUGUCUGUGAAUUCCUCAAGAAGAGAAAAUAAAAGUGCCACAGAAUGUGCCUGGCACUUUCUGUACAUACAAUAACCCCUCAUGAUUCAUCCCUUGUAGGGAAAGCAGACUAAAAAGGAUAGGGCUCAGUUCAGCUUGCACUUCAAUGGAUUAAGGAAGAGUAACUACUGCUGAGCUAGCUGACAGUGACCCUAAAGUCAGUUCAGGUUUGCAGGUGGUAUCCAGCCAACAGUGAAUUUAUAUUUCAUUUUUAUGUACAAUUUAGGAUGGUUGGGCAAAUUUAGAGUACGCAGAGGUGAAUAUGACUUCACUAAUGCCAGAAACAGUAAACUCAUUGGUAGAUUAAUUACUGAUGUGCUUCACAAAGUUCACUUAUCUUUGACCUGCAUGGGAAGUCCCAAUACUUUCUCUGGUGACUUCAGACCUGGAGGGACACAUUUCCAGUUUCUCUUGAAAAAAAUCUUUCCUUUGUUAGAAUCAUAGAAUAAUUUAGGUUGGAAGGGAUCUCUGGAGGUCAUCUGGUCCCAUCUUCCAUGCAAAGCAGGGCCAACUUCAAAGUUAGAUGAAAAGCUGUUACCCUCCUUGCUUGUGACUGUGCAAUUAUAUUGCCUGAUAUGCAGAAGAGGACUCACUUAUCUCUACUUCCCACUCCAUCAAUCCAUCAGGCUGGUCUAAGGUGUGGGGAAUUAACUUAGCACUGGCACUGAUGUUCCUCUGCUGGCAAGUCCGAGCAGCUU